UUGGCAUCCCUCAUUCAUAUCACAAGCACUAAUCUCAGAGUGUCGAAGAUUACCACAUCCAAAUUCAUCCAAUCAAGAUGUCGCGCCAACUUAUCUCGAGCGAGAAGUUCCCUCCCAAGCCUCACAACUGCCCCGCAGUCAAAGUUCCCGGACUUGUUUUUUGUGCCGGACAAACUGCCACUGGAGAGAUUAAGCAAGCCACACGAACUGUACUCCAAAACCUCAAGGAGGUGCUCGAGCUAUCCGGGUCGUCGCUCGAGCAAGUAGUCAAGUACAAUGUCUACCUGGCAGACAUGAAGGACUUUGCUGCCAUGAACGAGGUGUAUAUCGAUUUUCUGCCCAAGCCAAUGCCUUCUCGGUCGUGUCUGCAGGCAGUUCCUCCGGGGGAUGGAACGGUCAUUGAGAUUGAGUGUAUCGCACAAGCUUGA